AUGAACAUCGAUUCACUCGAACAGCUUACAACCCGAAUCGGACGCUUACGAUUAAAAAGAUGUGGAUCAAUACCGACUUUGACAAUCUUCGUCGUUUACGCACCGACAUCAAACUAUGACGAAGAAGCCGAAGCGCUCUAUAUAGACUUGGAGAAGUUCUACAGAGAAGACCAUACAUUCCUCAAGGUCAUUAUUGGAGAUUUCAACACCAAUAUAGGACCAAGAAGAACGUCUGAAGAACGUCACAUUGGGACUUGUGGAUUAGAAUGGAACGGGCAGAGUGAGCGGCUGUCUGAGUUUAUCAUGAUGACCAAGACCAUAGUAACUCGCAAUUCGAAAAGCCCCAUCCUCAGCGCUGGACGUGGAAGUCUCCCAAUGGAAGUGCCAUAA